UCUUCAACGCCUCAAAGGGGUACCUUUUCUUCUGUCCGCCCUUUCAUUCUUUGGAAAAAGUACAAAUCGAAUACGAAUUCUGUCCAUUGAUGCAUGUGCAUAUAAUAUAUACCAUACAGGUAGGUGUGUACAUGUGCUUGUAUCCAUCAUAUAUAUACUUACAAGCUCCCAUUUUGGGGUUGAAUUUGCGGAGAAUCCGAAUCCCUUGUGUUGUUCUUGAUGGCCCUCGUUCAAAGACUCCACCUUUCUUCUAAAUUUCCCUCAUCCGAUUUCCGAAAUCGGCCACGAGCAAGGGCUAAUUCCAUAAACCCUAAUCUCGUUGCCUCUUUGCAUUACAAAAACCCAUCUGGGUCUUCUUCUCCGUUCACGGAGAAGCACUCAUUGGAGAGAUAUGAGAGAGAUCAAUGGCUGUACAAGGCGGUGGAACCCGACCCAUCUACUCCGUCUCCGUCGCCGGUUCUCUCCUGCUCUCUCCCUUCCGAUAACUUCUCUUCCAGGGAAAACGACAUCGCUCUGCAGCUGCCCGAGCUGAAGAAGCUAUUGGCCGUGUUGAGAGAGAAGAGAAAAAGAUCUUGCGAAGGAGGUGGUAAUGGCGGCGGCUGUGGGCCCGGAGAUGUGUAUCUGGUCGGGACAGGACCUGGAGAUCCUGAGCUUCUGACACUCAAAGCUGUGAGAGUGAUCAAAAGCGCCGAUCUUUUGCUCUACGACAGGCUUGUGUCGAAUGAUGUGUUGGAUUUGGUUGGUCCUGAUGCUAGGCUUCUUUAUGUCGGGAAAACCGCCGGUUAUCAUAGCAGAACCCAGGAGGAGAUACAUGAGCUACUCUUAAGUUUUGCUGAAGCAGGUGCCACUGUUGUGAGGCUUAAAGGAGGUGAUCCUCUGGUUUUCGGAAGGGGCGGUGAGGAAAUGGACUUUCUGCAACAGCAGGGCAUCCGAGUUCAAGUUAUACCCGGUAUUACCGCGGCUUCGGGGAUAGCGGCAGAGCUGGGGAUUCCGUUAACCCAUCGAGGUAUUGCAAACAGCGUGCGGUUCCUUACGGGUCAUUCCCGAAAAGGAGGGACCGACCCUCUUUAUGUGGCGGAAAAUGCAGCCGACCCUGAAACAACCCUCGUCGUUUACAUGGGUUUGGGAACUUUACCUUCUCUUGCUCGAAAGCUGAUGGAUCAUGGUCUUCCGGGUGAUACACCUGCCACCGCAAUCGAACGUGGAACCACUCCUCAACAGCGUACGGUUUUCGCGGAGCUGAAGGAUCUUGCGGACGAGAUCGAGUCAGCCAAGCUGGUUUCGCCGACGCUCAUCGUCAUUGGAAAAGUCGUAGCACUCUCCCCCUUUUGGCCGUAUUGCACAGAAGAGGCGUCCUGUCUUAUCCAGACCGCAUAGCUUUUCAUGUUCCAUCCAUUACCAAUCUAACAGGAGCUCCUCCAUAACAAGUUCUCGGCGGAAGAACUGAAAAUAUGUGAUCUGUGUCUUCCGGGUGAGGGUUGAGGAAUCGGCAAAAAAACCUUUGAAGUGUUUUGAUGGAAGCUGCCAUUGUUGGAGGAAGAAUCCUUUUCUUUGUUGUUGUUGUCGUUCGAUUCUUUCGGAGACGAUGUUAAUUAACACUGGAAAAAAAAAGUCCUGAAAUCAUUCAGUAAUAAAAAACGAUAAAAAGAAUAUUACCGUGAAUCCAA